CCCCGCCGCAGCCGCCGUCUCCUCUUUAUAUCCACCACCUGGCCUCCCCUCCUCCCCCACCCUCACGCCGCGACCCAACGGAACCUCGCUCAAAGGCUCUCGAAUCCCACACCUCACCGAUUGUCACCUUCCAACUUUCCGCGCGCCAUGGGCAGGAGGCCAGCGCGGUGCUACCGUCAGAUCAAGAACAAGCCGUACCCCAAGUCCCGGUACUGCCGCGGCGUGCCGGACCCCAAGAUCCGGAUCUUCGACGUGGGGCAGAAGAAGCGCGGCGUGGACGAGUUCCCGCUGUGCGUGCACCUGGUGAGCUGGGAGAAGGAGAACGUGUCGAGCGAGGCCCUGGAGGCGGCCCGGAUCGCGUGCAACAAGUACAUGGCCAAGCACGCCGGCAAGGACGCGUUCCACCUCCGGGUGCGGGCGCACCCGUUCCACGUCCUCCGCAUCAACAAGAUGCUCUCCUGCGCCGGCGCCGACCGCCUGCAGACCGGGAUGCGCGGCGCCUUCGGCAAGCCCACGGGCACCUGCGCCCGGGUCAGCAUCGGCCAGGUGCUGCUUUCCGUGCGGUGCCGCGACGCGCACGCGCCGCAGGCGCACGAGGCGCUGCGCAGGGCCAAGUUCAAGUUCCCCGGGCGGCAACGGAUCAUCACCAGCGGCAAGUGGGGGUUCACCAGGUUCUCGCGCGCCGAGUACCUGGAGCUCAAGCGCGAGGGGCGCGUCGUCCCCGACGGAUCCAACGCCAAGCUGCUCACCUGGCACGGGUCGCUCGCUGAUCGCAAGCCCGGCAGAGCCGUGUACCCACCCUCCGUUGCAGGGUCUGCCUGAAGGCUGCGUCUGCGAGCCUGCUACUGCUACACUGCAGUCAGUUCAGUUCAGCACUGGUCAGACACCGGAAGGUGUGCCAGUGCCAGCCUUCGACCUCUUCAACCCUUUUGUGAGGAUUGAUGAGGAGGACAUUGCACGGCCACAUCUCUUCUGUAACCAUAAAAAGAGUUACUAAUACUCAAUAAAAAUACACGCCUAGGCGUGGCGUGUGUAUACGUGUGCCAGUGGACGGUCUUACGAUGAUUGCGAUGCCAUGGUUGCGCUUAUUUGUGUACUGUAGUGCUGUGUGUACACCUGGAGCUGUCCAGGCCGACUGGCUCGCUUGUCUGUUGCUGCUCUGGAAUAUGUUGUAAACUAGUAUGUUUUGUCAAUAAAUAAUAAAAAAGGUGCAUUCGUUUAGGGUGCA